UUGGUAUCAGUGCAAUUCCUCAUUGCUCAGUAUGUACAUCUAGAAACAUCCAUUUGUUACUUCAUAUUGAGUAUCGUCAAUUUACUAUGAUAAUGCUUGUGUGUGGUUUCAUGAUGCCCUUUUAAUGUUUUGACAGGGAGGGGUUACAUUAAAGUUGCUUUUCUCUUCUGGAAUUCUCAGCAUCACAACUGUGUUGUUACAGUGGUAAUUAUGACCAGUUUUCAGACCUAAUUAGACACCUUGCAUUCCCUUUUUAUUCUGCAGUUGGAAAAUGAUUGUCUUGUUCAUAGUCUUAUAGUUUCAUAGGUCUAUGAAAGCAUCAAGUGAGGAAAUCACAAUGAAAAUUAAGGCUUUAUACUAAUUUACUGUCAUUACUAGUCUUCAGAGUAGCUAUUUACAUCUAAUGUGGAGGAAGGCAAAGCAUCUGUCCUUUGAAUGAGCUCAUAACAGGAAAAGAACAAGUCUUUGAACUUCAGAAAAUCCACAGCCAUAGCUAACAGCUGCAUCCGUGCUAUGAUGUCAGAGCUAACAGCUGCAUCCAUGUUGUGAUGUCAGAGCUAACAGCUGUAUCCAUGUUGUGAUGUCAGAGCUAACAGCUGCAUCCAUGCAAUGAUGUCAGCACUAACAACUGCAUCCAUGCAGUGAUGUCAGAGAUAACAGCUGCAUCAGUGCUGUGAUGUCAGAGAUAAUAGCUGCAUCAAUACUGUGAUGUCAGAGCUAACAGCUGCAUCUAUGCAAUGAUGUCAGAGCUAACAACUGCAUCAAUACUGUGAUGUCAGAGCUAACACCUAUAGCCAUGCUAUGGUAUCAAAACAUCUGCAUCAGUGCUGUGAUACCAAAGCUAACAGCUGCAUCCUUGCUGUGGUAUCAGAGCUAACAGCUGCAUCAUUAUUGUGAUACUGGUUGCAUCAUAUUAAUAUCAUUUGUUAACUUCAAGAGGAACUUGCUGAUACUUAGAAAAAUGCAAAGGCCUAUAUCUGUCUUAAAAAGAAGAAACUGUGUGCUUAGCUUGCCUGAAUUCUGUAUUGCUUUAGUCAAAAUAAUGGCUCACUGCUGUUUAGUCUUCUACGGACAGCCUCUGUGCUAAAAUACAAAAAGAUGUGACAGACACUUACGUGUUACCAGAUGUGGGUGUUUAGAAUUCCUGAAAAAAUUUAACUGGAAUCUGUGAAAGUGAGUGUAACACACCAAAUUAUGUAAAGGCAUGUGUCAAUUUAAUACCAAAACACAGGUGAGAUAAGGAAGUUGUUUCUUUUCUUUAAAAUAUACAAGAGAAUGACAAAUUCUUUUAGCUAUGUUUAAUAAUCAGAUCCUUUUAAAAGACGUGACAGAUGCUACCAUUCUGUGGUCUCUUAGAAGAACCCUUCUAAAUUACCGUAAGAAACCUUGAGGAAACCUUUGACUCAGUGGUUCUCAACCUGUGGGUCACAACCCUACCAGUGUCACAUAUCAGAUAUUUACCUUAUAGUUCAUAGUAGUAGCAAAAUUGUAAUUCUACAGUAGCAAUAAAAUAAUUUUAUGGUUGGGGUCACCACAACAUGAGGAACUGUAUUAAAGGGUCGUGGCAUUAGGGAGGUUAAGAACCACUGAUUUAACUUACAUCGUAGUAAAGUCUUUGAGGAGUUGAUUUUCCUACUCUGAGAAAUAGAGUUAAUUAUAUUAACUAUUUCUUAUCUAUGGAGGUUUCUAUUUAGUUUUAAUUAUUUCGUUUAAACUUAACGUCAUACUCUUUGUUACACAACAUAUACUUCAUUUUUUUCUCACAGCACUGGUAAUGAAUUGAAACUCAGAGUGAAACACCUCUAGGAUGAUGCAUUUUUGCACAGAUGUUGUGCACUGUGAGAACUCUCCACAGGCGUGCCACACUCAGGUUCAGUUGCGUCAGUCGCUGACUCCAAUGGCUCUGGCUUCUUACUAACAUUAGAGCACCCAGUAAGAAUAAUCUUCUCUCUGACGUAGAAACAGUUGAGGAAAACUAACCAUACUCCCCCAAAUGACAAGGAUCUGAUGCAGUGUUCACCUCAUAUAGUAUCAAAGGGAUUUACCAUUUAAUAUUUGUUAUGAAAAUGAAUCAGUUCCACCCUUGACUCAGAAACUCUUUAUAGAGUGUUAUAGCACUGGUUUAAAGGGUCAGUUUGACUCGGGUGGUGCUUUCUCUUCCUGUAGUAUCUGGGCUUCGUGUGCUUCCUUCCUUGAACUCAGUGGUUUGCAAAGUACCAGGUGCUCUAAGUGUGUAUGUGUUCAUGUAAUCCAUGUGCACCAGAGUGAUGUGCACAGAGUGCUGUGGUUGUUCAGCUGUAAGAUGUGUUUUCUAAAAGCAAAAUGUCUGGUGCCACCUUUAGAAUCAUGCUCUGAGAGUUCCUGAGUUCACUACUGUUCUGCUAAGUCCAGCAUUGGUCAGGUGCAAUUUCAGGGUAUGUAUUAACUGUUCAUUCUGAGCAAUGCGUUUAUAUCUAUCUGUUUUGGAAAAUACAAAGAAACCUACAGAUAUUACAUUGGACCAGCUGAAUCCAUUUUAUGGUUUCUUUUUUAAUUCAAAAGCAUCACAAAGCAAAUAAUUUUUUAAUUGAGUUUAGUUACAAACUAGUUGUUUCUUAUUUUUUUUUCCAGUCCCUUUUUGCUUUCUUUUACGACCACAUGAAACUUGAGAAGCCACCUAAAGCUAUAUCACUUAGUGGAGUUGGGCAGUUCCCAGGUGUCCAACAAGAAGGCCUGGUUUAGGCUGCGAUGGCCACUGUCAUUCCUGGUGAUUUGUCAGAAGUAAGAGAUACCCAGAAAGCCCCUUCAGGGAAACGUAAGCGUGGUGAAACCAAACCAAGAAAAAACUUCCCUUGCCAACUGUGUGACAAGGCCUUUAACAGUGUUGAGAAAUUAAAGGUUCACUCCUACUCUCACACAGGAGAGAGGCCCUACAAGUGCACACAACAAGACUGCACCAAGGCCUUUGUUUCUAAGUACAAAUUACAAAGGCACAUGGCUACUCAUUCUCCUGAGAAAACCCACAAGUGUAAUUAUUGUGAGAAAAUGUUUCACCGGAAAGACCACCUGAAGAAUCACCUCCAUACACACGACCCCAACAAAGAGACCUUUAAAUGCGAAGAGUGUGGCAAGAGCUACAACACCAAACUUGGGUUUAAGCGACACUUGGCCUUGCACGCUGCAACCAGUGGUGACCUCACCUGCAAGGUGUGUUUGCAGACUUUUGAAAGCACAGGUGUGCUCCUGGAGCACCUGAAAUCUCAUGCAGGCAAGUCAUCUGGGGGCGUGAAAGAGAAAAAGCACCAGUGUGAGCACUGUGAGCGCAGGUUCUACACCCGGAAAGAUGUCCGGAGACACAUGGUAGUGCACACGGGAAGAAAGGACUUCCUCUGUCAGUACUGUGCACAGAGAUUUGGACGAAAGGAUCACCUCACUCGACAUAUGAAGAAGAGUCACAAUCAAGAGCUUCUGAAGGUCAAAACCGAACCAGUAGAUUUCCUGGACCCAUUUACCUGUAACAUGUCUGUGCCUAUAAAAGAUGAACUCCUGCCGGUGAUGUCCUUACCUUCCAGUGAACUCUUGUCAAAGCCAUUCACAAACACCUUGCAGUUAAACCUCUAUAACACUCCAUUUCAGUCCAUGCAGAGCUCUGGAUCUGCUCACCAAAUGAUCACAACUUUACCUUUGGGAAUGACAUGCCCCAUAGAUAUGGAUGCUGUUCACCCCUCUCACCAUCUUGCUUUCAAAUGCCCAUUCAGUUCUACCUCAUAUGCAAUCUCUAUUCCUGAAAAAGAACAGCCAUUAAAGGGAGAAAUUGAGAGUUAUCUGAUGGAAUUACAAGGUGGUGCACCUUCUUCAUCCCAGGAUUCUCAAGCAUCAUCAUCUAAGUUAGGGUUAGAUCCUCAGAAUGGAUCCCUAGAUGAUGGUGCAGGUGACCUCUCCCUGUCAAAGAGCUCUAUUUCUAUCAGUGACCCCCUCAACACACCAGCAUUGGAUUUUUCUCAGUUGUUCAAUUUCAUACCAUUAAAUGGUCCUCCCUAUAAUCCUCUUUCAGUGGGGAGCCUUGGGAUGAGCUAUUCCCAAGAUGAAGCACAUUCUUCUGUUUCUCAGCUGCCCACACAAACACAGGAUCUUCAGGAUCCUGCAAAUACCGUGGGUCUCAGUUCUCUGCACUCACUCUCCGCGGCUUUUACCAGCAGCCUAAGCACAAGCACCACCCUGCCCCGUUUCCACCAGGCAUUUCAGUAGUGUCUGGCUGGGCCAUGGGUUGGAUAGGGAGGUGCAUGUGUAGCCCCACCUUCGAUGACCAUUUUUAUUUUAGUGCCUACUUUAAGACAAACAAAACUUCUGCUUUUGUAUAAUAUCAGAUUUCAUGAAGCCAGUAAAUAAUAGAAACUAGCCUCUUUGAUAAGCUUUGAAACUAUUCAUGUUUAAUUACAUUUGCUGUUUCUCCUGAUUUUCUGCCAGUUGUCAUAGUCUCAGAGUUUUAUUUCAUAUAGGAGCGCCAUUAUUAUCACUAAAUUCUACAAGUCCUGUGUUCAAACUACUAUUAGACCUUAAAAUUUUCAUUUUUGUCUAAUAGCAAUGGGCAUUGGACAUUUGGCUCAUCUUUUGCAAAUAUGCAGUACAGUGUAAAUCUUAUGAAAUAUGUGUGAAUAAUUGAAGUGUUUUACAUUUUUUUUUACUAGCCACUAAAUGGAUUCAUGAUCAAGUGUUUUAAAUGAAUUAAGAAUCCAGUUUGGGGAGAUUAUAGUGGUUUCUUAAAUAUACCAUCAUUUCAGAUCAAUAUAUUUUGAAGACUGCUAUUGUCUGGCUAAAAUAUUGUGAGCAUAUGACAAAGAGAGAGAGAAUGUGUGUUUCAGUUUCUGUAUGUAAAAGAAAUCUAGAGAGGUCGCAGGGUGCUCUGUGUUAGCACUGGCCCUUAGGCUGUUUUGCCACAUUUCAACCAUCUUACCUUUAUAUUAACGGUGUGUGGCAUCAGUCUUCAGGAUCAGUGUAGAAAUGUUCUGUUUUAUGUCCUUCACCUUUCGUACCUAGGAUGGCUUCAGUAUACCAGCAUUCUUAUGUUAUAUAUUGGUCCAUAGUUAGUCCAGAGUCUUAGAGCCAUUGUGGGACAGUAGUAAGUAUAUGAAACCCAGAGUAGGCUGCGUCAGUCAUUGGAGUGACAGACUCCUCAACAGGAAGAUGGAUGUAAAACAUACAGCCAAACCUCAGAACUUGUCUAGAGAAUUUCCACUGUUGCCAGAACUGAAAACUGGACUCUUUGGGGGCAAAGUAAAAGCCUAUCACGUCACUUCUAAACAGCAAAUCCUGCCGCUGUGCUCUUGCUCAGUGCACAUCCAUCUUUCCCUGCUGUGUUUUGAUGGAGAACUGAAAACUAAGCACAUUAAAAAGCGAUGUGAGGAGUUUCCACAAGGUUUUACACAACCCAAAACAGUAAAACCCCACUUUUACAAAUCUUAGGAAAUGGGAGGAAUGUUACAAAUAAGUUGAAUUUGUAGAGGAAACAAAGGAAAAUAAAGUAAACACCAAAUGAGUGUGAAAGCACCAAGGAUGCGGUGCUCACUCGUGGUAGUGAUGGGCUUCCUCACGCCAGCCAGGGGUCUGAUCAAAAGUUCCAUGUAGAUUGUCCUAAGGGUUGCUUGUGUCAUCAGCCUGUAAGACAUAUCUGUUAAGCACUUGUUAACACCUUAUUCUGGGACCCCUUCUGUCUGGGCAGGGGUAGGGGGAAAUUUAGAGAAGAGAUGUAUCUCUUUAAAAAGAAAAAAAGAAAAUAUUUCUGAAUUUCUGAGCACUCAUUAGCCUUGUAUGGGGAAACUCAUUCCCUUUGGUAGGGCCAACUAUCACUUCAGAUUGCGUUGUUUAUCAAUAAUUGUAAACAUGAGUAUAGAUUACUGAAUAUGAUGCAUUAUUUAAAAUACCUGGGAGUACUAUAAAUUGAGGAGAAGUGUAAAAUGUCAUGUGAAUGGGGCUUUCAUUAUAUGUUACAUACACGUCUAACGCACUUCGUAGAAUCAGAGUUACUCUCUGGAGGGCUCUAGCUCCUGGUUUUAACCUUGGAGCAAUAGUUUUUAUACUUAUGUAUUUAAAUUUUAUUAUGAAAAAUUACAUUUUAUUAAAAAAAAGUGUUCCAAAGGCAUUAAAAAUAUAUAUGUUAAUAAGGAAAUACAUUUUUAACUCUUCAGGCUGCUCCUGAGCUGUGGUUGGGAGCACGCUCACUCUCAAAGUGGGCUCUUUGCUCUGCUUCAAGACUGCUUCCUUAGUUUCUAUGAAACAGAUCGCUUACCUAAAGCUCUAGUUGAAUGAUUAGUGUUCAAUAUUGCUUUAAUCACCAUUAAAAAAGGAAAAGAGACUUGGUGACAGAGCACAAGUAAUAGAAAGCCUAUUUUUAUGUAGAGGUUGCUCACAAACACCACAUAUGAAAGCACUAGUUUAUUCUAUCUAAAAUCUGCUUAAGAAGAAAUCACAUUAAUGACCUGAGACACUGGCCUUCAUAGGCUGUAUUUCACUGCUAAUUGAAAAAAAAAAAAAAAAGGGAGUCGCAGGA